CAUAAAAACGUGUCUUAACCGUCAGCUACUCUUGUAAUAAACGCUCUCUGUAAAAAAGAAGAAGAAAAAAUCCCAAUUCAAUCUACCUAGGGUUUCUCGAUCUCCCAUUCAAUCCUCAACAAAAAUGGACGCCAUAGAUUCCGUCGUCGAUCCUCUCAGAGAAUUCGCUAAAGACAGCGUCCGACUCGUCAAACGCUGCCACAAACCCGAUCAAAAAGAAUUCACAAAGGUGGCGUCUCGUACUGCAAUUGGAUUCGUGGUUAUGGGAUUUGUUGGAUUCUUCGUGAAGUUGAUUUUUAUCCCAAUUAAUAAUAUCAUUGUUGGGGCUUCUUAGGCUGUAUGGAUCAUCAACAAUUAGAAUAUGAAGGCAGUCUGGUUGAAAAUUUGUUUUUAAUGAGAAGCUUAGCUGUUAACUUGCUUAAUUUCCUUUUUGAUAUGUUUGCAAUACUCCAUAGACCAGGUAAUCACAAUAUAAAAAACUUUUAUCAUUUUUGUUAA